AUGUUCGGAAAGGAGGAAACUCCACCCGAUGAUCCCACCCUCCCUGCCGCCGCAAGACUUAAUGAAAUAUAUAUUGGCGAAGACUGGAAACCAACUCCCGAGGACUACAGCAAUGUUCCGACCGUACCAACUGACGCUGCUCGUCAAGGAGCUAUGAAUUAUAAACUGCCAGAAGAUAUCCCUCAAAGGAAGGACUGCGUGGGAUUUGUGAAGGCCAUGACCUGGACGAGCAUAUUCUUCACGGCCGCCAUCACUACUGCAGCUAUUGCCUUCAUAUCUUUUCUGUGCUGGAUCGGACCGCGCCAACAUCUUGAGGCUCUUGAGCACAAAGCUAAUGCCUACAAUCAAUCCCACCAUAAUGCGACGGAGGAAAGCUUCAAGCCACCACCUCCUACCUACAUUCCUCGAUUCUGGGAAGAAUCUUCGAUACCCAUCCCGACCGCGAGCUUGAGUUCCUCUCUUCUGACAUCAGUCUCCCUGUCCACCACCCCUGCGACUCACACCACCUUCAUUACUCGCACUGGUGCAGCAACCUCUGUGCAGUCGACCCCCCAAACCUUCAGCGCGUAA